AUGCCUGUUGAUGCAGCUGGAAGUCUCAUCGAAAGGGGAGCAGAAGCACUAAUUGCCACGGGAACAUGGCCAGAGGUGAUAACAGUGGCCCGCGUCGGCUCCGAAGCAAGGAUUCCGGUGCUCUCUCUGGCCACAACAUCGCCAUCAACCUUAUCUCCAAGGCCUUUGCUCGUGCGAAUGUCGUACCCUGCCUCCGAUCAGGUGCACUGCCUCGCCGAAGUCGUGAAAUCGUACAAUUGGCGGAGAGUCAUCGUCAUCUAUGAAGAUGAUGACUAUGGUAGCAUUACUGCAAUGGCCUCACUCCUUUUCGAUGCACUCAACAUGGCCGGAUCGGAGGUCAUCGACCACAUCGCCUUCCCACCUAUGGAAACACUCUCCAAUCCAAGGGCUUCAGUUCAGAAAGAGCUGAAGAGGAUACGCGAUCAUCAUCUCUCUAAGGUGUACAUCAUCCUCCGGUCCUCACCAUCGUUCGCUGUCCAUCUGUUCGAGGAAGCAAAGGAGUUGGGAAUGAUGGCGAAAGGCCAUGUAUGGAUUGCCAACGAUGAUAUCACCACCCUCCUCGACUCGACCUUGGCCCCCUCCUUCAUCUCUUCUUACAUGCAAGGCGUGGUAGGAAUCAAGACCUACUUUAAUGAGACAAGCAAUCCCUACCAAGUCGUCUACGCCGAAUUCCAACGAAGAUUCAAAGCGGAUUAUGGGAGCAAGGGAGAGCCUGGAAAGUUUGCCGUUCGAGCAUAUGACGCGGUACAUGCGAUUGCUCAUGCUGCCGUUGAGACAAAGACAAUGAGGAGCAACACAUUGUUAGAAGGUAUGCUAUCAAGCAACUUUAUGGGGCUUAGUGGGCUCAUAAGGUUCAGAAGUGAUGGAGGUCUACCUGAGGGUAAGGGCUGCUCGGCAUUUCGGGUCGUUAAUGUAGUGGGGAAGAGCUACCGGGAGUUGGGGUUCUGGUUGGAAGGGUUCGGUUUUUACAAAGAGGAGGGAGAGAUGGUCCGCCGCGGGCAGCAGGUGGAUGCCUUAAGCCCGGCGUACUGGCCGGGAGGACCCGAGAGGGUCCCCAGUGGGUGGGGAAAGCUCAAGAUUGGAGUACCGGCGGGGACGGUGUUUGAUCAGUUUGUGAAGGUGGAGUAUCACGAGGGGAAGAAGGUGAAAAAUGUGACCGGGUUUUGCAUCGACGUCUUUAAUGAGACUUUGAAGCGCUUGAAGUAUGACCUCGACUAUGAGUUCUUCCCCUUCGAAGGCACCUACGACGACCUCCUCAACCAAAUCCCAUUGAAGGUGCGUGAUGCCGUGGUGGGUGAUAUCACAAUUCUAGCUAGCCGUUCAACGAGGGUUACAUUCACGGAGCCAUUCCUCUCGUCUGGCCUUUCUAUGCUGGUCCGUGUACGACCAAACCGCACGCCGUGGAUGCUCACGAAGCCAUUUACACUGCAAGUGUGGCUUUUGUUCAUUGCCACCCUUAUCUACACAGGGAUCAUCGUGUGGUAUCUGGAACACAGGGUAAACCCCGAGUUUGAUGGCCCUUGGUGGACACAACUUGGAGCCACAUUUUGGCUAAUUCUCUCCACCAUCUUCUUCGCACAUGGGAGGCUCUAUAGUUACUACACUAAAAUUGUGGUGGCGAUGUGGCUUAUUGCGGUCUUGAUCUUGACACAAAGCUUCACCGCUAAUCUCAGCUCCAUUUUAACUGUGGAGAAGCUUGAACCGGUGGUGGCAGAUAGUCGGGUUGGAUGCGAUGGAGACUCAUUUGUCGUGAAGUACCUGCAAGUUGUGUUGGGCUACAAGGAGAAAAGGAUUGAGAAGAUUGAACAACCAGAAGAGUACAUCGAGGCCUUUAAGAGUGGGAACAUCACGGCAGCCUUUCUUGAGGUUCCCUAUUUACGGGUGUUUCUUUCUAAAUAUGAUAAUUACACUGUUCAAGGAGAAACUCACAUGCUUGGAGGCUUUGGCUUUGCAUUUCCAAAAGAUUCUCCUAUGGCAGAAGAUUUCUCUCAAGCCAUAUUAGGACUAACCGAGGACGGGACACUGAAGAAGCUGGAAGACAAGUGGUUCUCAUUCUCCUUGUCCAAUUAUCCAUUCCCAGACAACGAUAGAAAACGGGACAGCCUAAGCUUGGAAAGCUUUUGGGCGCUCUUCCUCUUCACUGGUGGCACUUCAACCAUUGUCGUACUUAUCUUCAAGGCUCGCCUGACCAUCCAUCGAGCAGUAGGUGUAUCCUUGAGGGAUAGGUUCUAUAAGAUCUGGAGGUCUAGAAAGUCCCGGAGAAGAGGGCUCGGACUCCAAAGAUCGGUAGCCCCCGUUUCUUCAGAUCAAGAAGGGAAUGCUACGAGCACGGAUCCAAGACCAUCCGAUCACAUGAUAGAGCUCCAUCAUCAUGCCUGCGGUGACAUUGAGCAAAGCCAAUAGAGGCACGGAGAUGAUUAUGAGUAGCCUGAGUUACGGACAUGUUUUCUUUUUCUUUUUCUUUUUUUAUUUAAAUUCUUGGAUAGAAAGUUGUGGACAUGUUCGAUGGUGCCAUUGGGUGGAGUGGACUUCUGCUAGGCCUACGGUGGCUAGAACCGUGCCAUGGGAAGGGUCGUAUUUUAGAUGCAUAUAUAAUGUUGUGUGUGUGUGUGUAUAUAUAUAUAUAAGGUAAUGUAUAGAAAACUAUGAG